CUGACCAAAGCGUCCUUGUUCAGCCAAACAUGUGCCACCCAAAAAAGGGUAUUCGGCUGAAGAUCAGUCCAUCUGGAAUUUCUGUAUCUCCUAUUGCUUUGGAAGGCCAAGUUGUAAUUGAUGGCAAAAAAAAUAACAGUGGAUGUAAGCGGCGACACGGCACUAGCUGGUAUUCCCAAUUGGCACCUGAACAAAAAGAAGCAUAUUUACAAAGAGGCCGUGAGUAUAAAAGAAGAAGAAAGUCUCAAGACGCAAGUUGCAGCCAUGCACAAGAUACAUCUGAUGGGGCAAUUAGUAGUAAUUUACAAAAUACAGUUGGAUAUACUCAUGUGCAACUAUAAGGUCAUACCAGCCGUCAACAUGAAGAUCUCAUCUACCUGCCAAAGGAUUAUUUUCCUGCCAUUCAAGAUAACAUUGGGGAAACAGGAGAAAUGCUUGGAUAUAAUGAUGACCCUAAUGAAGAAAUUCGUAUGUUUAGUGGGCAUGGUUUUGAAUUUCAGUCGUAUUUAGAAAAUAAUAAUGCCCAAAGUUGCAUUCAGGCAGAUCCAUAUGAUCAUAUAUAUCAAAAUUUACCCACUGAUUAUCAUCUUCUAGAUCCAGUUCCUGACUGUAGGCAUUGCAAUGCAAAAAGGUUCCAGUAUGAGAAACCAACGUUUUGUUGCAUGGGUGGAAAAGUUAAAAUAGUAACUCCACCAAUCCCUGAUGAAUUACGUCGACUGUACAGCAGCCAAGAUCCAGAUGCGAAGUAUUUCCGGGAUAACAUACGUUACUUCAAUUCUCACUUCUCCUUUACAUCUCUUGGUGUUGUCUUGGAUCAACAUUUUUGCAAUAACAGAUCUGGAGUUUACACAUUCCGCGCACAAGGUCAAAUUUAUCAUCGAAUUGACCAAUUAGUGCCAAAGGAUGAUGGGCCCAAGCAUCUAGAACUGUACUUUUAUGACACUGAUGCAGAUUUACAGCAAAGAUUUCGUCAUUCACCUAACCUUGAUAAAGAUCUCAUCAGAAAAUUGUUGGGCAUACUCUCAUCUAAUCCUUAUGUCCAUAUCUUUAGAAGUCUCGGCUCCAUUCCAAACCUUUGCGAGUAUAGGAUUGAGCUCAACACAAAUAUUGCUUUAGACCAGAGAGUAUAUAAUGCUCCGACAGCAUCACAGGUGGCAGCAAUUUGGGUCGAGGGAAGCGAUCCUCGAGGUCAUUUUGAUAGAAGUAUCAUGAUUUAUGGUG